UCCUUGAUUUUGUUUGUUCCAUUUUAUGAAUUUAGAACAAUUUCAGCAUUGCAAAUACUCAAGUUCCCGUGUAUGCCCAGGAAUCGGCAUCGCUUUCAGUUUUUCCUGAAGCAUCGCGACGCCACGCUGCCACGCUCGACACAGUCAAAUCAUGCAACGCUCACGUAGGACUGUACACAUAUAUGGGCACGAUGAACAUGGAGGACGACACAAGGCAGCCUCUAAGAAAGAAGCGUGUGAUCGUCUCCGGCGAGCCUAGGUAGCAACUAGUCCGGCGGCGCGGGCGGGAUGGCGGGGCAGGGGCAGCGGCUGAACGUGGUGCCGACGGUGACGACGCUGGGCGUGGUGAAGGCGCGCCUCGCCGGCGCCACCCGCGGCCACGCGCUGCUCAAGAAGAAGUCGGACGCGCUCACCGUCCAGUUCCGCGCCAUCCUGAAGCGCAUCGUCUCCGCCAAGGACGCCAUGGGCGAUGCCAUGCGCGCCGCCUCGCUCUCCCUCGCCGAGGCGCUCUACGCCGCCGGCGCGCCGGUCCGCCACGCCGUGCAGCAGUCCGUCUCCGGCCCCGCCGCGCUCCGCGUCCGCGCGCACCAGGACAACAUUGCCGGUGUCCGCCUCCCCCGCUUCGAGAGCUACCUAUCUGACGGCGGCGCUGCCGGAGGAGCGUCGUCGUCGUCGCCGGUGGCGUCGCUGGCGGGGCUCGCCGGCGGCGGGCAGCAGGUGGCGGCGUGCCGGGCGGCGCACGCGCGGGCGCUGGAGGUGCUGGUGGAGCUGGCGUCGCUGCAGACGUCGUUCCUGACGCUGGACGUGGCGAUCAAGACGACCAACCGGCGCGUGAACGCGCUGGAGAACGUGGUGAAGCCGCGCCUGGAGAACACCAUUACCUACAUCCGGGGGGAGCUCGACGAGCACGAGCGGGAGGAGUUCUUCCGCCUCAAGAAGAUCCAGGCGAACAAGCGGCGGGCGCUCGAGCAGCAGAAGGAGGCCGCCGCGCACUACGCCGAGGAGAAGGCCGCCGGCGAGGUCAUGCUCAAGCGCGGCGUCUCCAUGGACACCGCCGCCAGCAUGCUCGACAACGGCGACAGGGACGAGGACAUCAUCUUCUGAUCCCUCCACCCGGCUGCACAACGUCUAUUUAUAUGAUAUACGGACUACUUGUUACCAGGAGUCUGUCAAUGCAUAUGCAAGUCUUGUGAUAAUAAUCUUGAGCCUGGAGGCUCCGUGUAGAUGCCAU